UAUAUUUUCUCAUUCUUUCUUGUGCCACCCUAUAUUGAACUUGAUGCUAAAUUAUUUCAACUCACACUUUUUUUUCAGGUAAGUAUUUAUACUUAUGUCUUCAUACUAUAUCAUAGAUCCCUUGGAAGAGUAGAAUUUUAUUCAUCCUUUUAUCUGUAGCAAGAAUGAUGGUCUAGAUAUGUAAAGUGACUUUGUAGUAGAGUUUUUUUUGUAAUUAAUAAUUUAUCACACUUGCAUAAUCUUCCUGUUGUGAUUUUUCUUUCUUCUACCAUAUGGGAUACUGUACCUGUUGUAAGAUACAUAUGUACAUGCACCCACGGAGUUAUGAACUUCCAGAUUUCCAUUUUGUGAACCAGGUCUGGUGACUUGAGUUGAGGAGAAAAUUGCUGUUACAGGGGCUAGUGUCUUUUGAGGAUGUUGCUGUGGACUUCACAUGGGAGGAGUGGCAGGACCUUGAUGGUGGUCAGAGGACUUUGUACUGGAAUGUGAUGCUGGAGACCUACAGCAACCUGGUGUCAUUGGGGUACUCCAUUACCAAACCUGAAGUGAUCUUCAAGUUGGAGCAAGAAGCAGAACAAUGGACAAUAGACUCCCAAAACCAGAGUCUACAAGAUGUUCAGAUAGUUGAAGUUCUAAUUACAAAAAGCCAAGAACGUCAUGAUACACAUUUGCAGGAUGUUGUAAUUACCAACAGCAAUACAUCAACUGAGGAGAAAAUUGAAAUAGAACAAGCAUUUCAUUUGCGCUCAAACCAUAUUUCAAGUUCAGUUAUAAAUAGUGAAAAGUAUUUAGGAAUGAGGUGUAAAGAGUUCAAUGUAUGUUGGAAUGCACUUCCUCCUAGAGAGGCUGAUUGGAUGCAUGCUGGAGAGAAAUCUGGUGAAGGUAAUAUAACUGGGAAAUUGUGGCGAUAUUGUGAGCAUCUGAAUCAUCAUUCCAAGAUUCAUGCUCAGCAGCAGGCUUUUGAAUAUAGUGGACAAUGGAAAUCCUUCAACACAGCGCCAAUAUUAUUGGAACAGAAGAAAGUGUAUAUCGGUGAGAUGUCCUGUAAAUUUGAUUAUGGGAAAGUCUUUCAUAAGUCAGUUGUUCUUGCCAAAGAGAUAAUUCCGGUAUCAGAGAAAUCUUCUCAGUUUGACAUAUGUUGGAGAAAGUUCUAUGAAAAUUAUGAACUCACUGAACAGGAGGAAAUACACACAGAAGAGAAACCCUAUAAAUAUAGUGAAUGUGAUAAAUCAUUCAUGAAGAAAUUCCCCCUUACAAUCCAUAAGAGAACACAUACAGGGGAGAAGCUAUAUGUGUGUAAUGAAUGUGGGAAAACCUUUCACAAGUCCUCAAACCUCUGCAAGCAUCAGAGAAUUCACACAGGUGAGAGACCAUAUGAAUGUAGCGAAUGUGGAAAAACCUUUCAUGAGAAGUCAAACCUCAACAUGCAUAAGAGAAUUCACACAGGUGAGAAACCAUAUGAAUGUAAAAAAUGUAAGAAAGCUUUCAGCCAGCAAUCACACCUCAGUGUACAUGACAGAUCUCACACAGGUGAAAAACCAUAUGAAUGUAAAAAAUGUAAGAAAGCUUUCCGGCAGAAGUCACACCUCAAGAAUUCACACGGGUGA